AUGAGUAGGGGGCGUGGCCAUGGGGACAAGAGCUUGGCUGUCCAGCCCAGUCUGUGGACAGGUUCCUCUCCGGCAUGUAUCGGGCCAUGUUUCUUUGACCGACUGAGCUCCAACCCCAGCAAACCAGAGACCAUGGCCUCUCCACAGGGCCUCCAGGCCCCACAGGAAUUCGGGGGCCCCCUGGGCGCCGCGGCACUCAUGCUGCUGUUGCCGGCCACCACGCUGCACCUGCUCCUGGCGGUCCGCUCCGGCCCGGCUCGCCUCCUCGGCCCACCCGCGCACCUGCCCGGGCUCUCCGAGCUGUGGAGUCCUCGGGUGCUGCUGCUGUUACUCACCUGGCUCGGCCUGCAGGCGGCGCUCUACCUGCUGCCGGCGCGCAAGGUGGCGGAGGGGUUGGAGUUGAAGGACAAGAGUCGCCUGCGCUAUCCUAUUAACGGCUUUCAGGCCCUGAUGCUGACCGUCCUGUUGGUGGGGCUGGGGGUGUCCGGGGGGCUUCCCCUGGGGGCUCUCGCAGAGAUGCUGCUGCCCUUGGCGUCCGUGGCCACCCUCACCACUUUCAUCUUCAGCGUCCUUCUCUAUAUGAAGGCUCAGGUGACCCCCACCUCAGGCCUGGCACCUAGGGGGAACUCAGGUAACCUCUUAUACGACUUUUUCAUGGGACGGGAGCUGAACCCUCGAAUUGGUUCUUUUGACUUCAAAUAUUUCUUCGAGCUGAGGCCUGGCCUCAUCGGCUGGGUCCUCAUCAACCUGGCUCUGCUCCUACGGGAGGCAGAGCUUCGGGGGAGCCCUUCCCUGGCCAUGUGGCUGGUCAACGGCUUCCAGCUACUCUAUGUGGGAGAUGCCCUCUGGUAUGAGCUGCUGGUUACUACAUCUUCCGUGGGGCCAAUUCCCAGAAAAACACUUUCCGAAAGAAUCCUUCCGAUCCCAGUGUGGCUGGGACAUCCCACCUGCUCCCCUACUUCUACUUCCUCUACUUCAUCGUGCUGCUGGUGCACCGAGAGGCUCGAGACGAGCUGCACUGCCUGCAGAAGUACGGCCGGGCCUGGCAUGCAUACUGCCAGCGUGUGCCCUACCGCAUCGUGCCCUACAUCUACUGAGCAGGGGCCAGGAAGCCAGGACACAUGGGGACUCCAGGCCUGCACCCCACCCUGCCCUGAGUUGGAUCAGGCUCACAGAAGAGGUGUUGGGGACCACUGUCCUCCUUUGCAUAAAUGUCCAGAACCCAUAGCACACUUUUCUCUCACUCUGGGGACAUUGCGUUACUGACCAGCAGGGUCAGCUCUGAGAAGGGAGACACUGAGAGGAAGCAUGUGGUUCCCAAGAAUCUGGGUUGUUGGGGACAACAGGUAUCAGAUACAGGCACUGCCAGCCAGUGGGCAAACCAGUCACAGCUUUAUUAAUGCCAAGGUCCCCCCUCAGCCAGGAAGCUCCUCAAUGAGAGUCUUUGGGGCAGGUGGCACAGGGCCUCCCCAAAGCCGUUCCAGCUCCCCAGUGAGGGCUGCCACCUCCUCGGCUGCCACAGCAUGGGCUCGAUGGGCCAUGGUGCAGUCUAGGGCCAGGGGCACAAGGGCCGCCUCAUUUUCGUUGGUCCAGGCCAGUAGGAACUGGCACUUCUUCCGGGCCCGGUACAGGCGCUCUCGCUCUUCCCCAGGCACAGCCUGUUUGCGGGCCCGGCCCAGGGUCUGUACUAGGUGCCCCAGCGAUGCCAGCGUGUAGCCUUUUCGGUCGGCCGGACCUUCGCCCUGCAGAAUUCGGGCGGCCUCCUGCAUCGCACCCCGUGUGCCCAGAGGCCCUGGAGGGUGCUCACCCGCUUCCAGCACGUGGGCUGCGGCCUGUAGGGCUUCCUCCGAGGAGGUGAAGACUUGCUGGGCGCCCAGCGCUCCGGAGACGCCGAGCAGCGUGGAACAGAAGUCGGACAGCAGCAUGUCGUCCCCGCCGUGGUAGAGGGCUAGGGUGUGCGCGUAGGCGAAUAGCACGUUGGGCAGCUGGAAGCGCACGAGCGGCGAGACUGGGCCGGAGCUCAGGCUGGUCAGCGUGGGGAUGCAGGUGGGUACGGCCGGCGCACGAGCCGGGUCUCCGGUAACCGGCUCCUCGGUGGCGGCGGCGUCCUUCGCCGGCUCUGCAAGAUCCCCGCCAUCUAGCUCCUCCAGAAGCCGCUGCCCGAUCCCGCGGCCCCACCACCAGGGCCGCCACGGGGGCAGCAGCCGCCCCGCCUCCCCGCGGCUCAGCAAUCGCUCGAAGGCUGCUUUCUCGGCCGGCGUCAACCGUUCCCAGAGUCCUGAGACAGCGCCAGGCGCCGGACCAGGGCUGAGGCCUGCCUCCCCAGGCAUGUCCUCGGUCUCUCGUUGGCGGCGCAGCCGGCGCAGGGCGCCUGCUAGGCGGCUGGGGGAGGCGCUGCGUCCGCGGAGCUCACCCAACACCUGGUCCCGGUAGAAGGCUUCGGCGCAGGUGCCGUGCGCCCGGUAGCAGCGCAGGGAGCAGUAGGGCACAUUGCAGCGAGGGCAGGUGUACCGCGCUGGCUGGGCCUCUUCAGCCGGGCAAAAACCGCAGGGCCCGGCCGGCUCCAUGGCAACUGGCGCCGCGCUACAGCUCAGCCACUUCCGGUGCCGCUUCACUUCCUUCCGCUUCGUUGGUGGCCGGACUUUCAGCUCUUUCCGUCCAGACGCUGACGCCAAGCGUACAAGCCCGGAGCCGCGUACGAGGCCCGCCCACGGUGACGGUGACGUAGCGAGACAAGAAAAAAGCGGAAAGCGAGCCCUUUGCUCCUCCUAGCUCCUCCUAGCUCGCACCCUAGCGGCCGCCCCAACCUCGGAUCCAGAUUGCAUAAAAAACAGCAUAGCUAUCAUCCCUGCCCUGAGGAUUUACUGCAGUGCUGUAUGACUGGAGGGAAGCCAUGUGCGUUUUUUAGAAGGCGCCAAUAAAUUGCAGUGUGAUUGUGCAA